UGCAGUCAUCCGCGCGCGGAUUGAGUCAAGUUGUCCUACCGAGAGGAGGUGUUGACCGACCGCAGCAGGUUUUCCGAAGGAAACCUGAAAAAUACAAGCUUCAAGGCAGCGGACAGUAACGCCGAGCAGCUAUUUUUUAAACCGACGGUUCAGCGGUGUUGGAGUUAAGGCGAGGCGGCCGAGGAAUUAAAGUAAACCACGGAGUGAGAGCGCCCGAAGUGAGCCCGAGGAUCACAGCUAAUGCUAACUUAGCCAGCCCUUGCUAAAUAAUUACACGGAAGCUGGUGUGAUUUUAAACUGUCGCUUGCUUUGGCAUAACCAGUGUGAUUGUAGCGUAGAUAGUGUGGGGUGAUUUGUUGAGUUAUGUGUUAUAUUUAAUUGAAUUAUCGAGGUCUUUUGCCUUUACAUGUUAGGCCACACGCGACUAGUAUUCACCUAGCAAGAUUAGCCACAAUAGCCGGGGAGGCUACGCCGGCGCUGCGCUUCUCAGGGCAGCUGAUAACCGCUAAACAGUUCGCUUUCAAAGCUGCUUCACACCGCGAGCUAUCAUUGUUUUUAAGUGAGCUUACACUUGAUACUGUAAGCCUUGUGCUUCGCAAUGCUGAAACAACAGCAGCAACCCGGAUCAGGCGGGAGAAAGGCGUCUAACGGAACAUCGGGCCCUGCCGGUAUGUCUUCUCCCGUCAGCGGCAUCAACAGCGGCAACAGGACACCGGCUGGAAGGAAUCGAACUUCCGCAAAGCCAUCAUUCCAGUCAUCUCCUGUGUUUGAGGGUGUCUAUAACAAUGCCAGAAUGCUUCAUUUCCUCACAGCUGUCGUGGGGUCUACGUGUGACAUUAGAGUGAAGAAUGGCAGUGCAUUUGAGGGCAUUUUCAAGACUCUCAGUUCUAAGUGUGAGUUGGCUGUGGAUGCUGUACACAAACGCAGUGAGGAGGAGGGCUCAACAUCAGCUCCGCCACGGAGGGAGGACAUCACUGACACCAUGAUCUUCAGCCCCUCAGAUCUGGUCACAAUGAUCUGCAGAGAUGUCGACCUCAACUAUGCCACAAGAGACACUUUCACAGACACAGCCAUCACUUCCAGCCGUAUCAACGGAGAACACAAAGAGAAGGUUUUGCAGAGAUGGGAGGGAGGCGACAGCAACGGCGAGAGUUACGAUUUGGACAAUGAUACAUCCAAUGGCUGGGAUGCCAAUGAGAUGUUCCGUUACAAUGAAGUCAAAUACGGAGUCACAUCAACAUAUGAUUCCAGCCUUUCUAUGUACACUGUACCAUUGGAGAGGGGCAAUUCUGAGAACUACCGACAGAGGGAGGCACGCGCCGCCCGGCUGGCCAGCGAGAUUGAGUCAAGCCCUCAGUACCGCCAUCGUGUCAACCUGGAAAAUGACGAGGGCAGAACUGAGGAGGACAAGUUCAGCGCUGUGGCGCGGGACAACAACGAUCGGGAGAGAGGCCGUGAGAGCCCCCGUGACAAAGAGCGCGAAAGGGGCAGAGACAGUCCAGGAGCCAGCAACAGGGAGGGCAAGUACAUUCCAUUACCUCAGCGUCAAAGAGAGAUGAACCGGGAACGAGCAGAGAGAGGUUCUGGCGGGCCUCCAUCUCACAGUCGUCUAGGUGGAGGUUACCGCUCCACCCCUCCAUCCUCUUCUUCCCCAAGACCCCCUCUGCCCUCUGCAGCUGGGCCCCAGCCUGGUGUUACCCCCUCGGAGAGAAGCAGCCCUCUGUCAGGUCGAGGUGGUGCAUAUGCCCCCCACCACCCACAGGGAAAUGCCAGCCCAAGUCCAGGCUCUGGCCCUGCCAGCCCGUACACGCCUGCCUCUCCUGGUGGACCGAGUUCAACCUCUACUUCAAUUGCCCCAUCCCCAGCCAGCCCCCCUGCUCCACACGGACACACAGUUCCUCAUUCCCACUCACUCCCGCACUCACUGUCUGACGCUAGCAGACCUGUUAAUGGAGUUGCUGCCAGAACAUCUCCUAAAGCCCAAAGACCUCCACAGUCAAGCAGGACGAGCCGAACUCAGAACUCUCACGCUCAGUCCACAGCUACUCGCUCCCCUAAAUCAGGCUCUUCCCAGGACACGCCUUACUUGGACACUUCUUCUGUGUCGCUGCCUGCCCAGAAGACAUCUGGCCCUGCUCCACUCUUCCCUGUAGAUGUGAAUGAGAUCCUUGGUGCAGCUGCAAAGGAACGCUCUGCUGAGAGCCCGAGCAGCACAGAGGAAAGCAAGACGAGUAAAGUUCAGCAGAGGUCGCAGAUUGAGGAACUGCGGAAAUUUGGCAAAGACUUCAGGCUCCCACCAAGUGGAGGUGGCUCCAGCUCUCCCAGUUCUCCGGCUGCAGGGACCCCUCCUGCCAUGAGUGAGGCCAGCCAGCCCAGCGUAGCCAAGCCUGCACCAUCAGACGCUCAUCCUCCAUCAGAGCCCAAACCUCAGCCUGCAGCUCCCAGUCCUUCCCAGCCCCAACCGCAGCCUUCACCAGCUGUCUCUGAGGACCCUACCAAGGACGCUGCAGCUACACUGGGUACCACAACAGCUGCCACCACAGCACCCCUUUCAGACAGGCAGUCGCCGGCCACCCCUCAGCCAGCCAGGACCCCAGGAAGCGAGGAGGUCAGACCUGAGACAGCGGAGAGGACAGAAGGCGUAGCAGACCAAGUAAAGAAAUCCACCUUAAACCCAAAUGCUAAAGAGUUCAAUCCUAUCAAACCCCAGAUGCCUAUGACGAAGCCCAACACUGCGCCCACCCCACCUCGGCCACCACCUCCGAGCCCUGUGGUGCUGCACCCAGGCGGACAGGGGCCACUCUACAACCCUCCCUACCUCUCCUCCUACAUCCCACAGAUCCACUCUGUGCCGCCCCCACAAAUGUACCAGUACACCAUGUCUACAGUUAACCAGGGAAAAUACCCCCGAGCCAAAGGCUCAGUUGUGGGUCAGCGCUCUGACCAUGGGUCUUCAGCACCUCCCAUGCUACAAGCUGCAGCAUCAGCUGCUGGGGCCCCACUGGUAGCAUCGCCCUACCCUCAGCCCUACCUUCAGUACAACCCUCAGCAGUAUGGCCAGCAGCAGGUCAUCCAGGCCAUGACAUCCUACCCUGGACAGCCGAUGUAUUCAAUGCUGCAAGGCGGAGCCAGGAUGAUAGGUCAAGGUGGGGGUCCCCACCCACAAGCCCUUGGCCCACCAGGAGGCCCCCAGUUCCCUGCACAGGGAGAUGGACCUCCAGGACCACAGCAGGGCAUCUAUGCGCCACAAUCAUUCUCCCAUCACACAGGCGCAGUUCAUCAGCCUCAGCCCUCCAGUACCCCAACAGGCAACCAGCCCCCACCCCAGCACACUGCACCUAGUCCUGGACAGAACGCCCAGUCAGGCCCACAGCCCCAGUCCUUAUACCACUCAGGUCCCUUGUCGGCACCCACCCCACCCAACAUGCCGCCAGGCCACACAUCUCCACAGGGUUCUUACUCAAUUCCGGGGUACAGCAUCCAUGGCCACCAGGCCAUCUCACCCGCCUACAACCUUGGACAGAUAGCACAGGCUCAUGUUCAAGGAGCCAUUUCAGGCCCCCACCACUCGGGGAGCCACGGUCAGCCCCAAAUAGUGAUGUUGCAGCCUCCACAGCAGGGCCCCGGCGCAGUGGCCCAGCACCCCCAACACGGACCUCAGCAAGGAGCACACCAACACUUCUACAUCCAACAAGCAAUGCAGGUCCAGACACACCCUGCUUCCUUCCAUCCGCCUGGAAACUAAAACCCCUCUGCGACCUCCCAGAUUGUCCCCCGCCCCCCUCCGGCCUGCUGGAUGCGACUCAUAAAAGAACUGACAGGAUCACACAGGAGCAGAGAAGAAAACAAAAGUCUCACAGCACCUUACUCUCCUGCUGUAAUAUUCUUCAUCAGUACAAACCUCAGUGUCCGUCCGGCACUAGGAGGAGCUUUUUAAUGCUAAUGAUGAAGGUGACAGGACGGCAGCAGCAUCCUACCCCUGCUGCUAUCCAGCUCUUUUUUUCCGGCUUUUUCCCUAUUCAGAGACACAAGGCACCUUACUGGGCAGACCAGACGGAGAGGGGAAAACAGAUGGAAAAACAGCAGCAGACUCUUUAUCUUCUAGAAAUGUGUUUUUUAGCCUUGUACCAUGACACAAAUGAGAAUUGGGGUGGCGCGGGAUUCUCAUGAAUGCAGCACGAAAGGAGGGGCUUGAAGAUGAUAUGGGGACUUUUAGCAAUUUUUUUUUUUUUUUAAGACUAUCCAGUAGUUUCAAUCCACCCCUUUGCCCUUCUUAUCCCCUUGUAGGAAAAUCAAACUUUAAAAAAAAAAAUGGACAAGACAAAAAAAAUUUAAAAAUAAACAAUGACCAAAAAAUAAAGUUUUCAACUCAA